CUGCUGCGGGUUCACGUCCAGCCCCUGCGCAAGGACGAGCAGGCCAAGACCUACGUCCUCUGCACCCAACACCGACCCGACCAACCCUGGUUGCCCCAUCAAGGCCCCGACGGACGUAUCAUGGUGUUGGAGGAGAAGAAAUCGCUGCUGCCCCUGUGGUUGCAGGUGAUCCUCAUCGCUGGGCUGCUGGUGCUGUCGGGGAUGUUCAGUGGGCUCAACCUGGGCCUCAUGGCGCUGGAUCCCAUGGAGCUGCGCAUCGUGCAGAACUGUGGCACUGAUAAGGAGAAGCGUUAUGCCCGUAAGAUCGAGCCCAUCCGCCGUAAAGGGAACUAUUUGCUCUGUUCCCUGCUGCUGGGUAACGUGCUGGUUAACACCACCCUCACCAUUCUUCUCGAUGACCUCAUCGGCUCCGGCAUUGGCGCCGUCGUCGCUUCCACCAUUGGAAUCGUCAUCUUCGGGGAGAUUGUGCCCCAGGCGCUCUGCUCCCGCCAUGGCCUGGCCGUGGGUGCCAAUACCAUCGUGGUCACCAAGUUCUUCAUGCUGGUCACGUUCCCGCUCUCCUACCCCAUCAGCAAGCUCCUCGACUGCAUCCUGGGCCAGGAGAUCGGCACCGUCUACAACCGGGAGAAGCUAGUGGAGAUGUUGAAGGUGACGGAACCCUACAACGACCUGGUGAGGGAAGAGCUCAACAUAAUCCAGGGGGCCCUGGAGCUCCGCACUAAGACGGUGGAGGAUGUGAUGACCCCGCUGCAGAACUGCUUCAUGAUCAACAGCGAUGCCAUCCUGGACUUCAACACCAUGUCAGAGAUUAUGGAGAGUGGCUAUACCCGCAUCCCCGUCUAUGAGGAUGAGCGUUCCAACAUCAUGGACAUCCUCUACGUCAAGGACCUGGCUUUUGUUGACCCUGAUGACUGCACCCCCCUCAAAACCAUCACCAAAUUCUACAACCACCCCGUCCACGUCGUCUUCCAUGACACCAAGCUGGAUGCCAUGCUGGAGGAAUUCAAAAAGGGGAAGUCCCACCUGGCCAUUGUGCAGAAGGUGAACAAUGAGGGUGAGGGAGACCCCUUCUACGAGGUGCUGGGGCUGGUGACGCUGGAGGAUGUCAUCGAGGAGAUCAUCAAGUCGGAGAUCCUGGACGAGUCGGAUACGUACACCGACAACCGCAGCAAGAAGCGGGUGGGCAACCAGAAGAACAAGCGGGACUUCUCGGCCUUCAAGGACCCCGUCAACGAGCUGAAGGUGAAGGUUUCCCCGCAGCUGCUGCUGGCUGCUCACCGCUUCCUCUCCACGGAGGUGACGCUUUUCACCCCCAACUUCAUCUCGGAGAAGAUCCUGCUGCGGCUCCUCAAAUAUUCCAACGUCAUCCAGGAGCUAAAGUUUGACGAGGAGAACAAGAAAGCCCCACGCCACUUCCUCUACUGCAAGAACAAGGCGGCCGACUACUUCAUCCUCAUCCUGCAGGGCAAGGUGGAGGUGGAGGCCGGCAAGGAAUGCAUGAAGUUUGAAGCAGGAGCUUUCUCCUAUUACGGGGUGAUGGCCCUCAGCCCCUCUCCUGUAUCCGACGUGGCCGACUUCAGCGUCCGCGCCCUCACCGAUCUCCAGUUCGUCAAGAUCACGCGGCAGGAAUACCAGAACGGCCUGAUGGCCUCCCGCAUGGACAGUUGUCCCCAGUCCCCUGACAGCAACACCCCUAAACCGGACGCCGGUUUACCAGAGAAACCAGAACCCUCCACCACUGCCGAUGAGACCACCAGUCUCCUGAAUGAGAGGAACUGCCUGAGCCGCCGGAGCAACCACAGCCCCCUGGAAAACUCCAUCUGA